CUUCAUUUGCAUUUGAUUUCAUUCAGCGGCGACACGUUUUUUCCCCUCGCCAGUGCGGAUAUGUCGCGCAAAAUCGUAAAGAUUCUGGUCGUCAUCUUUCAAACGCUGGCCUUCCUCUCGCUGGCCAAAGCUCAAUUCCACAUUGUCAAGCUGAUCGUGCUUGCUGUUUUCGGACUCGGAGGACUUGUGCUCUAUCAAGCUGUAGCAUCAGGGAGCCCAUUGAGCCACAUUUCGACGGCAGUGGGGAAAAGGUCGAUUUCCGAGUGGUCCCGGAUCAGCAGACUGGGUUCGUCGCCGUCGCUGGCGCACGCACUGCAACUGGACGAGAAAGAAUGCGCCCGGCUGUACAUCUGCGAGAUGGCCUGCUCGGCGAUGCUGAGAAACGCCGACGACAAACUGCUGCCUUCCCAUUUACGGGCUCAAUCGGACGAAGAUGAAAUCGCUCUCGACGAGUUCAGAGCCGCGGCCAGCUUCGGAAAAAUGCAUAAAGAUGUCAACAUGUGCCUCCAGAGGUACAACAAGUGUCCCUUCAAAAGCGUCAGGCAGAUGGAAAGGAUCAUUGGCCAGUAUAGAAACUUGUGAGAUGCGCAUCAAAAA